AUACUGUCAAUUAAAAUGAACAGCUGUCCACUUUUUGAAAAUAUCUAAUUUAUUAUGUGGCGUAAUAAGGUUUAGUAUUUAAUGUUUAUACCGUUGCUUAUCUCCAAAUGUAUGUAACAUUUUCGUAUAUAUAAAUUAGUGGUGCAGUGGUCUGGAUAAGUAUGUCGCUUCCUCCUCUUGUUUGCAACACUCCUCCACCACCCGAUCAGUGUGAAGAUGACAAAGACCCUGAAGAUUUUGAUAUAAAUUACAAUUUAUCACAAGAUGAUGAUGAAGAUAGUAAUAGUUAUGAUUAUCAAACAUACUCAAAUUAUAACAUGUACGAAACAGAUAAGCCAGAAAAUAUCCAAGACAGCGCAUGGUCUAUGAACAUUGCUAAUAAUUUGAACAGUGUCUUAACAGAUCAGGUUUCAUCAGUUGAAGAUAACAAAAAGACUAAUCAAACAGCACCUAUCAUAGAUGAUUUAACUGAGAAAUUAACAUUGGAAGAUGUUGCUGUUGAAGAUUUGAAUUUAGUAAUAAAUCAAGAACAAUUAAAUUUACAAGUCAAUACCAGUGAAAAAAGUGACAUUGAUGUCAAUGGUUAUAAUUAUUCAUCCGAAGAAAAAGUGUCAGAUGAAAAAACAAUUACCAAUUCUGAUGUUAUUGAAACAGAUAAUGUAAUAACACAAAAUGAUAAUGUUACAACAGAAAUAUCAGAAAACUCUUUACCUGUUGAUGUUGAACAUUUGGAACCAAUAUCUAAAAGAUAUGAACUACCUGAUGAUGAAUUUAAUAAUUUUCAUUCAAAUUUAGAUGCAUUAAAUAACGAAACAGAAAUUCAAAAGCAAUCAGAGAGUGAACUCAAUUUCGAAAAUGAAAUAGAAACGUUAGAAGAGAAAGUACCAGAUGAUGAUUUUGGAGAUUUUGAUGAAUUUCAGUUUGCUAAUAAUGACACUGCUUCAACUGUUGUUGAAAAUAUUGAAAAUCCAUGGACAAAUGAAGCUCCAACUAAUGAUUUUGGUGACUUCAAAGCAAAUUUUGAUGAUAAUAAUGAUGUUGUACAAGAAGAUAUGGAUACUUCAGAUAUUGCCAAUUUUGAGAAAGAUAUUUGUGUAACCAAUGAAAUAAGCGAUGAUGGUGAUGAUUUUGGAGAUUUUGAUGAUUUUAAAUCCUGUACCAAAUCGGCUGUAAAAGAUGAAUUAGAUUUCCAAUUAGAUCAACACAUUCCUGUAAUAGAUUUUCAUUCAUCAGAAAAUGAAAAUCAACUUUUAGAAAGUAUUAACAAUAUUUUUUCUGGAAUAUUUGAAGAAGAAAUAUCAGAACCUGAAACUGAGUUUAUUGGAAGAUUAGAAUCAGUACUUAAUGAGACGUGGGGCCAUUUAGUUGAUACAGAUGUAAGGCAACCAUACAUGGUGAAUUGGAAUAAUUCAUUAGGACAGAAAAGUCUGUUGAAAGCACUUUGUAUAGACUCGAGAAAUAUUUUAUUUGGACCCAAAUGGAAUUAUAAUAUGCCUAAAUAUGCUGUUAAUCUAAGUGCGGCGCCCCUUCAGCCACAGAAGCAAUCAUCAACUUUACCUAACAUGGAAAAUCAAAAUUCAGAUAAAUCUUUGAAUAAGGAAAAUGAUAAUUGGGUUGAUCCUUUCUCAUCCAAUGGACAAGAAUCAUGCAAUAACGGUGAGAACGAUGUCGCGGCCACGGAAACAAACACAACUGAUUUGGAAGUUUUCGAAAAAGUCAUGUCUGUGAAACUGGAUAAAGUUUAUCCGUCUUCAUUAAAUGUUCAGCCUUUGCGUCAAAUCAGUUUACCAGAUACCCAUAUAUUUACACCGUCGGAUUCAGAAACACCGAGGUCGAAAACGAUACAUUACGACACUGUGGCACCAGUUUUAAUAAGUCAACCUGUCACUGAUGUGUCUACUCCGUCGACUGUAAUCCUAUCUGAUGAAGUCCCUAAAUUGGAUGGUGACAACGAUUAUUGGGAAUUUCAAGAUUUUAAAAGUACGACAGAAAAUAUUCAACCACCGAAAGACGUUAAUAAAUCGGAUAUAGAACCAGAUAAAAGUAGUGUAGUAAAUUCAAACAACUUAAUACCGAACGUUGGUGCCACUUAUCAACCACAAUUGCUACAGCCUAUAAAACUCGAUCCACUCGUGCCUACAUUAAAUUGGCCGGAUCCAGGUGAAGUUAAGGAAACAUUUGAUGAUUUCUCAGAUUUCGUUUCCAGUGCACCCUGGGAAAGUGACAAAAACAAUACAUCAAUAGUACAAGAAAACAAAUCUGAAGAAAAACCAAUAGUUUCAAAUAAACAAAAUGAUACGUCCAUUAUAGAAACAAAUUGUAAUGUAGAGAGUAACGAUGAUGAGUUUGAAACAUUUCAAUCUGCACCAACUGUGCCUCAAAGUAUUCAUUCGAAACCUUACGAAGAUAAUCAUAGCCAAAUAAUAUAUAAAGUUUCAUCUAGCAAAACAGCAGAUUUUGAUAACGCAUUUUCUGAUUUCGGUAAAAUUAAUAAAAAUGAAAUAACAAAGCCACAUGGUGUUUUAGCUAAAAAUGUACCACAUUUUUCGACUGAAAAUUAUAGCAACAGCAUGUCAAGUGUUCGGGAUGGCUUUGGCAACAAUUCUCUAAUACACUCUGUAGAGACGCCGAAUAUGUUACAACCUGUACAGGCCAGCACGAGCAGUGCGUCACGCCAAAACAAUACGGCUCAGAUUUUACAACCUCUAUCAUUGGAGAGUUAUUCACAAAUUAAUUGGCCUAAUCCGGGAAUAGAUUUGCAGGAUCUAUCGCGAUUUAAUCCUGUCGAAACUGUCCCAUCUUUAAAAAGUGAUAUAAGUUCUAACAGCCAGAGCAAAGUUAACUCUCCAGCUCAUAUAGAUAAGAAUUCAGGUCGUAAUGAAGUUUUAGAUGACGAUAUUUGGGGUGAAUUUGUAUCUAGUAAACCUAAGCAACAAACAUCAGCUAAAAAACCACCGAUAUUUGGUGACGAAGAUGAAUGGACAGAGUUUGUUUCUAGUACUAGUGUCAAACCACAAAACGGUUUGAAUACGAUAAGUUUAAACGUUCACACGAAUCUGAGCUUACAGAAAUCAUCGAACUUGAAUAAAUUAAACGUGAAGAAUAAUCAAAUAUCUUUAGACAUUCCAACAUUAAAUUAUAUAACACCUAAAUCGAGUCGUAAGACAUACAAUGAUAAACAUUUCCAAAAUUUAUAACCCCAACAAAUUACAUCAUUAAAUAUGUACUUAAUUAGAAAUG